GCCGGCUCAUAUUUAAACCCCAUUUAUGACGUUCAACUACUUCUUCCAUAUGCAUAUAUACCAGCUGCUGCUGCUACUCUUAUCAUUACAUACUCCUAUUCACCCAAACACAAAAAAGGAAAGAAAAAAAGAGGAGAAAAUGGUGUCAAUGGCAAAGCAGCCGGACGGUGGUCUAAUCUACAACUUGAGGCUGUCUUCGGUUGGACCGGGGCAAGUCACGGGCCAAGACGAGGUGUACGAGCCCACUAACGUGGACUUAGCCAUGAAGCUUCACUACCUAAGAGCGGUGUACUACUAUGAGAGGGAGGCCUUUGAUGGGCUGGGCGUGCUGAAGAUCAAGGAGCCGCUGUUCACGCUGCUGAACCACUAUUACGUGGUUUGCGGGAGGUUCAGGCGGACCGAGUCGGGCCGCCCGUUCCUCAAGUGUAACGACUGUGGGGUGAGGUUCAUUGAGGCCUCUUGUGACAAGAGUCUGGAGGAAUGGAUUGAGAUGAAAGAUGCUGGGCUUGAGAGGCUUCUUAGUCCUAAUGGAGUCAUUGGUCCAGAGAUUUUCUUCUCUCCCCCUGUUUGGCUUCAGUUGACCAAAUUUAGGUGUGGGGGAGUAUCGUUGGGCCUGAGUUGGUCGCAUAUUCUUGGCGAUGCAUUCUCUGCUGCAAAAUUCAUGAAUAUGUUCGGAAAAGUCAUUUCCGGAAUCGAACCUGAAUGGCUGAUCCGUUCGGCCCAAUUAAUGACUAAGGACCUGACCCACCAAGAUGUUGCAAAAACAGCAAAAGAUCCGCUAUCCAUCAAGAAGGUAAGCCCAGUUGGAGAUCAUUGGAAGAUAACGAACAAUUGCGAAAUGGUACCAUUCACGUUCUCCAUCACCCCAUCACAAAUGGGCCGCAUAAGGUCCAUAAUAGGAAACUACGGUCCAUUUGAGUUGAUAUCGUCGAUCAUUUGGCGGUCAGUAGCCCGCAACAGAAUUGGGCCUGAACCCAGAGUGGUGACAAUAUGCAAGAAAGGCCCACAGGCCCGCAAAAACAGCUAUGUGAGCAACGACCAGCAGAUCUGCACUGUGAAGGCCGCCGACUCCUCCUCCUCCGUCAGGGAAGCCGAUCUGCCGGAGCUGGCGAAAUUGCUGAAGCAUGAGGCUACGGACGAGCUCCGAGAGAUCGACGAGGCGGUGGCGAGCGACGGCGGCAACUCCGAUUUCGUGUUCUACGGGGCGAACUUGACGCUCGUCGACAUGGAUUACGGCGAGUUCUACGAGCUCGAUUGGAGAGGGCACAAGCCAGUCUACGUAAGCUAUCAGAUCGACGGCGUUGGGGAUGAAGGCUGCGUUGUGGUGCUUCCGGGACCAGGCGACGGUGCGGAAGGAAGGGUUGUGACGGUGGUUUUGCCGGAGAAUGAGGUGACGGCCUUGAAAUCCGAGUUGAGGAAGGAGUGGUCGAUUGCCUAAUCAAUUGAUUGAACAGAAAUACAUCAACAACCUUCCUCUGUUUAAGUGAAUUAAAUCCAGUGUGUUGUUUACUUUGAACCAUAUUUGCAUUUGUUUGGAUGUAUUCUUUGGGCUGAAAUUUAUGGUAGAAUUAUGCGUUUCAAAUGUUAUCUUGGAUUCCAAUAAUAUCCAGAGAAUUUACUCUAAAUGAGACUAAUUAGCUUUCUUAAUUUCAAAAAGGGAUUCUUUUACUUCCUUAUUAAAAAUGAGAAUCAAUCUAUGUUCCCUUCGUCAUUAAUUGAGAAGAAAUCAACCUUU